AUGAUGACGGCUCCUUGCAACCGACAACGUUAAUUAAGCACUGAAGCUGCUGAGAAGAGAAUGCCUUGGUUUCCACUCUCCACUUUUCUUUGGAUUAUUAACCGGCCUUAGAGAAGAUGCCCUCUAGAUUUGAUCAUUUCAAUUGUCGGAAUCUCCAUUUGAAUUCCAAAGGUUCUUCCUUCUCCAUUUCCCCAAAGUUCCCACAGUUUUUAUCUCAAGAUAUGGAUGAUAAAAGACUCACAUACACAUUGGAUGAAGCACUUGAUGCCGCUGGAUUUGGGAAAUUCCAAGUCCUUGUGCUUUCUUAUGCUGGACUUGAUUGGUUUGCAGAAGCAAUGGAGGUUAUGAUUCUAUCUUUUAUAGGACCAGCAGUUAAGUCAGAAUGGAAUCUCUCAUGAACUGAGGAGAGCCUCUUAACAAGUGUUGUUUUUGCUGGAGUGCUUAUUGGAGCAUAUUCAUGGGGCCUUAUAUCAGCUAACUGUGGAAGGAAGCAAGCCCCUUAUCCCUAUUUUCUUCUAAUACAUUUCUAUGACCUAUUUCUAAUGUCCUUUGAUUAAUUAUCUAUCAAAUUGCAGACUAUGGAUUAUAGGGUUAAAGCCAACUAUAGUCAUCAUACUUUGUGAAAAUGUUCAUUACCAUAAGGAAAUGUUCAAUGUUGUCCCUCUACUUUCUUUACAGCAUAAAUAUCAUCCUUCUAC